ACAAUUCUUAAUAUAAUUUAUUAAUUCUUCUUCAUCACUCUCACAUUCCCUCUCUCAUACACAGAUACUUAUUAUUUCCAUGGCGGUCGUUAACUCUACACAAGAGGGUUGUGAUUCGUAUAGUGUUGUUGCUUUACCUGAUGAAGGCAGCACUGUAUCUCAAAGUGAGAUGUUGGUAGCUCUCUCAAGCUCAAUGGAUGUUUACGCGCCUCUUAAAAAUGAGCUUCCGUUAGAUGAACAGAUGAUGACGGUGGAAAAUGCAGCUGCUUUUUCUGAGUGCCCCGAGAAAGAUGUCGAUAUUGAGAAGGGGAGGGCAGAGACACCUUCAACUUUUGAAGAAACCGCUGGCAAUUUGAAGACUGAGGAAGAACCAAUGAAAUUGUUGCCGAAACAAAUUAGCUUUGAAAUAGAAGGAAAAUACAUGCAGUUGUUGAUGAAUCAGAGCCUGAUCUUACCCAAGUUCUCUACUCGAGAUAAGACCGCAGCUGAAAAAGGUCCUGAGGCUCCCAGAAUGAGGAAAUACAAGCGUGUGACCUCAUUUAAUUCUAGAAAAGUUGCUUUUCUGUUCUCAGUAUUGUCAAGUUUCGGAACAAUUAUACUCAUAUACCUGACAUUGAGAGUUAAGCAGAUUGCUGAUGCCUCUCUCCGUUCAGAAUAAACUUGGCUUAAAUUUCUUUAGUUCUGGUGCAUAAUUUUGAAAAUGUUACUUUAGGGUUUAUUUUUGCAAGUCACGAAUCAAUGUUUUGAAGCAUAUUCUGUUGUUAGCUGUAUAUAACUUGAGCAUUGUCUCACCAAAAUCUACUGGUUAAUCUUCACUUUUCA